GGAAAAACAAAACAUUAGCCACCCACCAUCUACGACAAUAUCAAAUAUAGUUUGUUACACUCAUCUCACUCCUUCUUCUACACAAAUCACAACCAAAACCCUCAACUGUUGAGAAUCAUCCAGAACAACAACACAACUCUACCACAAAGCACAGAACAAACAAACAAACAAACAAAAACCUCAACAAUCAACCGCUCAAAGAUACCUUCGAUCGCAGUUUUUUACUCCAUAUGCUACCAAGAAAACGUCCUGUUGAAGUAGUGAAGCCUGACGAAGAUAGCGGUAGUGAUAGUGAUACUGGUAGUUUAAGGAAAAAGGCACGGAUCGGUUGUUUGACGGCUUCUUGUGCGUCGGCCACGUCUAGAGGUAGUGCUGCCGGGACGGGUGAGUGUGACGGAAAGAAGAGCGGUGGUGGUGGUGAGGAGUCUAGUGUGAGUGCUAGUAGUACUGUUGUGGAACCGUCGGUGACGACGAAUAUGGGAUUGGAGGAUGUGAAUAUGCAGGAGAUUGAUGAGGAUUUGCAUAGCAGGCAGCUUGCGGUGUAUGGUCGGGAGACUAUGAGGAGGCUUUUUGCGUCUAAUGUGCUGAUUUCUGGGAUGCAAGGACUUGGUGCAGAAAUAGCAAAAAAUCUUAUACUUGCUGGGGUAAAGUCUGUGACAUUGCAUGAUGAAGGGUUGGUGGAACUGUGGGAUUUGUCCAGCAAUUUUAUCUUCUCAGAAAACGACGUUGGCAAGAAUAGGGCCCUAGCUUCCGCUCAGAAACUGCAGGAGCUCAACAAUGCGGUGCUGGUCUCUACCUUGUCUACAAAGUUGACUAAAGAACAACUUUCUAACUUUCAGGCUGUGGUCUUUACCGACGUUAACUUAGACACAGCUAUCGAGUUUGACGAUUACUGCCACAACCAUCAACCUCCCAUUGCUUUCAUCAAGACCGAAGUCCGAGGACUUUUCGGUAACAUUUUCUGCGAUUUCGGCCCUGAGUUCACCGUAACCGAUGUCGAUGGGGAGGAACCACAUACUGGCAUCAUUGCAUCAAUUAGCAACGAUAAACCCGCACUUGUAACCUGUGUUGACGAUGAAAGGUUGGAGUUCCAAGACGGUGAUCUCGUCAUAUUUUCCGAAAUUCAUGGGAUGACAGAACUUAACGAUGGAAAACCACGAAAGGUCAAAAGCUGCAGACCAUACUCGUUCUUUCUUGAAGAAGAUACUACCAACUUCGGCACGUAUGUAAAAGGUGGUAUCGUGACGCAAGUCAAACAGCCGAAGGUCUUGAACUUCAAGCCGUUAAAAGAAGCGAUUAAAACUCCAGGGGAGUUUCUGUUGAGUGAUUUCGCUAAAUUUGACCGCCCACCGCUGUUGCAUCUGGCGUUUCAAGCACUUGAUAAGUUCAUGUGUGAAAUGGGGCGGUUCCCCGUUGCUGGUUUGGAAGAUGAUGCUCAAAAGCUGAUUUCGAUUGCCACCGCCAUGAACGAGGGCUUGGGAGAUGGAAAAUUAGAUGAUUUAAAUCCGAAACUUUUGCGGAACUUUGCGUAUGGUGCCCGAGCCGUGCUUAAUCCUAUGGCUGCCAUGUUUGGUGGUAUUGUCGGUCAAGAAGUUGUCAAGGCGUGCUCGGGAAAGUUCCAUCCACUUGUUCAGUUCUUUUACUUUGAUUCGAUUGAAUCGCUUCCUACUGAACCACUGGAACCCAGCGACUGCAAACCUUUGAACACCCGUUACGAUGCCCAAAUUUCAGUAUUCGGAGCUAAAUUCCAGCAAAAAUUAGAAAACACCCGGUCUUUCGUUGUAGGAUCCGGUGCAUUGGGAUGUGAAUUCUUGAAAAACUUAGCUUUAAUGGGUGUUUCAUGUGGAGCUAACGGGAAAUUAACAGUCACAGAUGAUGACGUGAUCGAGAAAAGCAAUCUCAGCAGGCAAUUCUUAUUUCGUGACUGGAAUAUCGGGCAGGCGAAAUCCACUGUCGCGGCUUCCGCAGCUGCAUUGAUCAACCCUCGUCUUCAGAUCGAAGCUUUACAAAACCGUGUGGGCCCCGAGACGGAAAACGUUUUCGAUGAUACUUUCUGGGAGAAUCUAAACGUUGUCAUUAAUGCUUUAGAUAAUGUCAAUGCAAGACUUUACGUUGAUCAAAGAUGCGUGUAUUUCCAAAAGCCACUUCUCGAGUCUGGUACACUCGGUGCUAAGUGCAACACUCAGAUGGUUAUUCCGCAUUUGACUGAAAACUAUGGUGCCUCUAGGGACCCGCCAGAGAAGCAAGCACCCAUGUGUACUGUGCACUCGUUCCCGCAUAACAUUGACCAUUGUUUGACUUGGGCACGGUCAGAGUUUGAAGGGCUGCUUGAGAAAACCCCAUCGGAAGUCAACGCCUAUCUCUCGAACCCCAGUGAGUAUACAACUGCAAUGAGGAAUGCUGGUGAUGCUCAGGCUCGGGAUAAUUUAGAGCGCGUUCUUGAGUGUCUUGACAGGGAAAGAUGUGAAACGUUCCAAGAUUGCAUCACUUGGGCUCGUCUAAAGUUUGAAGAUUACUUCUCUAAUCGUAUGAAGCAACUGAUUUACACGUUCCCAGAGGAUGCGCUAACAAGUACAGGAGCUCCAUUUUGGUCAGCCCCGAAGCGUUUCCCACGCCCACUGGAGUUCUCUGUUUCUGACCUGAGCCACCUUAACUUUGUAUUAGCGGGCUCCAUCCUUCGGGCUGAAACAUUCGGCAUCUUGGUUCCCGAUUGGGCUAAAAAUCCCAAGAAGCUGGCUGAGGCUGUUGAUCGGGUUAUCGUUCCCGACUUUCAACCAAAACAGGGUGUCAAGAUCGAGACUGAUGAAAAUGCUACCAGUUUAUCUUCUGCAUCUAUAGAUGACGCUGCAGUUAUUGAUGAACUAAUCAAGAAGCUAGAACAACGCAGAAAGACUCUUCCUUCUGGUUAUGUCAUGAAACCUAUUCAAUUCGAGAAGGAUGACGACACCAAUUACCAUAUGGAUUUCAUAGCAGGACUGGCUAACAUGAGGGCAAGGAAUUAUAGCAUCCCGGAAGUCGACAAACUGAGAGCCAAAUUCAUAGCCGGAAGAAUCAUCCCCGCAAUCGCCACAUCAACCGCAAUGGCCACUGGUUUGGUCUGUCUGGAGCUCUACAAGGUUAUCGACGGGGGCCACAAGGUGGAAGACUACCGUAACACAUUUGCCAACCUGGCACUCCCUCUUUUCUCCAUGGCUGAGCCGGUCCCACCAAAAGUCAUCAAACACCAGGAUAUGAGCUGGACCGUGUGGGACAGGUGGACAAUCAAGGGCAACCCUACGUUAAGGGAACUCAUCAAAUGGCUUGCGGAUAAGGGACUUGACGCUUAUAGCAUUUCGUGUGGAAGCUGUUUGUUGUAUAACAGCAUGUUUCCUAGGCAUAAAGAUCGAAUGGAUAAGAAGGUGGUGGAUGUGGCCCGUGAUGUGGCUAAGAUGGAGAUUCCGCCGUAUCGCCGCCACCUGGAUCUGAUGGUGGCUUGCGAAGAUGAGGAGGAGAACGAUGUUGACAUCCCUCAGGUUUCUGUAUACUUCCGCUAACCACCUUAUCCACAUAUGCAUUUAUCAGCAACACUGCGGUUCUGAACCUCCGUGAUUGACAUUUCAUGCAUUGUUGGGAUGAUGACAAUUUGAAAAGCCAACUGUUUCAAACCUUAAAAAAUCUUGCCACAACAAUGUUGUUAUGUGACAAAACUUGACUUUGUUGUAAGCUUAUACUGGUCGUAUGUUUACAACGCCAUUGACUUAUUUGGGUCAAAGAUGUCUAUUGUUGUUUAGAUAUUUGCGUUGGUGCUUUGGUGAAUCAUUAUAAAUCACA